UCACGAGCCAAUACUGUCAUUUUAAUUGCUCAAUUAAGAAAUGCAAAUAUUAUUAAAUUAGUUUAAAUAUCGUACCGCAAUCCUCAUUUUCAAGAAAUGUAAAAUUUUAUGUGAAAUACUUGACUCGGGCCAUGGAGUGAUACAUAAAAUUAUAACACUGCAAAAGUGACCUCGUCUCACCGUAUCGAAGGACUGUGCAAUUGUUUAGGUAUGUCGGUUUGGUCAGGCAGUACAGUCCCAGGCCCACCCAAUCGUUACUCUCAGUCUAGUAACUGGUGCCCAAAAAUGAGCAAGUGAAAUUGAUGUGAGAUUUGCAAAGCCUUAAAAUUUGGUUUUGUACUACACGGAGGCUGCUACUAGUCCUUCUUUAAUAAAGACACAAGUGCGUGAUGUCGGGCGAGGCGCCCAUUCAGUCGGACGCGGGGCUUCACACACCCGCGUACCUGUCAUGGCGGAAACUACAACUUAGUCGUGCGAAGCUGAAGGCUUCGAGUAAGACUUCGGCACUGCUCUCUGGAUUCGCUAUGGUAGCCAUGGUUGAAGUGCAACUGAACACAGACCAGACCAGCAAAGUACCCAAAGAGAUGCUUGUCGCGUUCACAGUGUGCACAACUUUACUUGUAGCUGUUCACAUGCUGGCCCUUAUGAUAAGCACAUGUAUCCUACCUAAUAUAGAAGCAGUGGGGAAUCUACACAGCAUAUCUCUGGUACACGAAUCGCCCCAUGAAAGAUUACAUUGGUACAUCGAAAUCGCUUGGGCUUUCUCAACGCUACUCGGACUUAUUCUGUUUCUAGUAGAAAUUGCUAUUCUCUGUUGGGUGAAGUUCUACGAUUUAAGCGAGACUGCCGCCUGGUCAGCCUGCGUCGUACUUAUACCCGUCAUGAUAGUGUUCCUAGCGUUUGCUAUACAUUUCUACAUGUCUUUAGCAACGCAUAAAUAUGAAGUGACCGUCACUGGCAUUAAAGAGCUGGAGUUGCUUAAAGAGCAGAUCGAAAUGGGCGACCAUGAUGGUAGGAUGAAUAAUCUCACAUUACUCGAUCAGAGCAGAGUGGUUUGAAGAAUUAUUGUAUUAAUGAAUAUUAAGGCUAAGCCUUACCUUUCCAGUGUCCGAUUUUGGGAUGUUAUUUACCCUUUUUGACUUGAAUAUACCCACGUUUUUAUUGUUAACGCGUAGAAUGUAGGAAAGUACUUAUUUAUCAAUAAUAAAAGUGUACUUAUAUAAGUGCCAAUUUUGCAAUAUUAUACUUAAUUCGGGUAUAUUAGAGUUAGGUUGAGCAUUGGACGUAAUAAUGUCGAUAAUAGUAAUUAUAUUUCUUACAAAAUAAUAAUAUGUCGAUUGUGUGUAGUGAUUGCCUGAGAAAAUGCCAAUAUCAGGCGGUUUACUUUGCAUUCUCUUUAAAAGCCAAUAAAAUAAAAUAUUUGUUUUAGCCAGUCUAAG